AGUACCGUUAUGGCCGGGCCAUGCCGCUCAUCUUCGUGGGCGGGGUGCCCCGCAGCGGCACCACGCUGAUGCGCGCCAUGCUGGACGCACACCCCGAGGUGCGCUGCGGCGAGGAGACGCGCAUCAUCCCGCGCGUGCUGGCCAUGCGCCAGUCCUGGUCCAAGUCGGGCCGCGAGAAGCUGCGGCUGGACGAGGCGGGCGUGACGGACGAGGUGCUGGACGCCGCCAUGCAGGCCUUCAUCCUGGAGGUGAUCGCCAAGCACGGUGAGCCGGCGCGCGUGCUGUGCAACAAGGACCCCUUCACGCUCAAGUCCUCCGUCUACCUGUCGCGCCUCUUCCCCAACUCCAAGUUCCUCCUGAUGGUGCGGGACGGCCGCGCGUCCGUGCACUCCAUGAUCACGCGCAAGGUCACCAUCGCGGGCUUCGACCUCAGCAGCUACCGGGACUGCCUGACCAAGUGGAACAAGGCCAUCGAGGUGAUGUACUCCCAGUGCAUGGAGGUGGGCAGGGACAAGUGCCUGCCCGUGUACUACGAGCAGCUGGUGCUGCACCCGCGCCGCUCCCUCAAGCUCAUCCUGGACUUCCUGGGCAUCGCCUGGAGCGACGCCGUGCUACACCACGAAGACCUCAUCGGCAAGCCGGGCGGCGUCUCCCUGUCCAAGAUAGAGCGGUCCACGGACCAGGUCAUCAAGCCUGUGAACCUGGAAGCGCUCUCCAAGUGGACCGGCCACAUCCCCCGGGACGUGGUGAGGGACAUGGCCCGGAUCGCCCCUAUGCUGGCCCGGCUGGGCUACGACCCGUAUGCAAACCCACCCAACUACGGCGACCCCGACCCUAUCGUCAUCAACAACACGCAGCGGGUCUUGAAAGGGGACUACAAAACACCAGCCAAUCUGAAGGGAUAUUUUCAGGUGAACCAGAACAGCACCUCUUCCCACCUGGGAAGCUCGUGAUUUCCAGAUCUCUGCAAAUGGCUUUGUUGCCGAGAAAAGAAGAAGCCGCAUUCGAGUGGAAAUCGGACCCUAGUCCAAGCAUAUUGCUUGCUAUUAAUCACCAAAACAGGACUGCCAGGGAGGAAUGUAUUGCAUAUGUUUGCAAAAACAGAAGCUUUUGACACUGUCCCUUGACAUUCUCUCUGGACAUGGCAGGGCCAAGAGUGUGGAUGUGCUCUGGCUUUUGGAACUUAGGUAUUUUAUAUUUUCCCCCGUAUUUUUUUUUUUUUAAAUGGAUCUGCUGUCCUCCUCUGUCAUUUGCAGGACUGCCUCGGUGGCUUUGUUUGUUGGGACAAGAUCUACAACCUGUGCCUCUUCCUUUUCACCCUUACUUUGAAUUUCAAAAAAUCUAUUUAAGAAUUUAAUAUAUGAGACUUUCUUUGAUUUCUCUCCCACUUCUACUCCGUUUUAACAGAGAAAAAGAAUUAUUUGAAUAAAGUGAUCAGAGUCUCAUUCGUCAA